UCCUGUAUGUGUUCUGUGAAAAAAAGGAAGGCGUUCAUUGAGCUGCUUUUAACGUUUAAACUCAUCAACCAGUUUUCAUGUAAAUACAGCCGAAGACAUGCAGUCAAAUAGACGCAAAGGUACAGUCUAACACUCCACGAGUGGAGUGGAUAACACGCUUGUGUUAACCACUCUACUGUGUUCUGUCGACUUUUCCGGCUGCCUUUAGCUACUUCCCAUUCAGUAUAGUUGACAUCAGCACAGUGAAGACGCAGUGAAGCUGUUCUCGCAGGAAGGGGGAGAUGAAGACAUGACGGACCCUGAAGUGUCUGUGCUGCUGCACUGUGCAGCCUGGAGGGGGCUGCUGGAGUCACGAGUGCAAGUGGAACUUUCUGAACGAUAUAACAGGCAGACAGAUGAUGCUGUAGAGCAUCACAUAGAAGAGGUGUGGAGGGAGCGGGUGUCCAGAGAGCCGUGGCUCUUCAAUGGGGCCAAAUUCAGACUUCACUCUUUCUGCUUCACCUCCUUUAAGUUGACCUCAUCAUCAUGCUGUACUUCUCCCAAACAUCUGCCCUGCACCCAUUCAUGUGAAGUACACCGUGUAGAAGAUCAGGAAGAUAAAUUACCAAACUGCCAAAGACGAGAGGGCUUGUGGGGAUCGGGGGAUGCUGCUCAGAAGAGUUUGGACCUAAGACACGGAACAGAAAGCGUAGAAGGUGUCAUCCAUCAGAGUGUUGGUACACUGGACCAAGCUUCCUCACACUCCUCUAAAAACACAGAUGAUCCAGAGAAUGGGCCUCUUCUCACUCUGAGACUCGGCCUUACAUGCUAUAAGGACUACCUCGGAACCAACUGGUCCUGUCGAGUGGCAGGGCUCCGUCAGCGCGGAGAGGCAGAGUUCAAUGAUCCCAUGGUGAUGCUGUCUCAACCUCUGGGUGUGGGCGCCAUCCUGUGUACUAAUGACGGACAGGUGGUGAUGAUCAGGAGGAGCCAGAGGGUGGCAGAGGCGGGGGGACUACUGGACAUUCCCGGAGGUCACCCAGAGCCAAAGGCAGUGUGUGAGAGUCUAGGUCAGGCAGGAUGUGAGGAGAUCAGCAUGGUGAUGAUGCAGCGGAGGCCGGAGGCCGUCGUCUCAGAGCUGUUUGCGUCUGUGUGCGCUGAGAUCAGAGACGAGGUGAAUGUUCCUCUCAGCUGCCUCGGACAGCCUGUCCUGAUGGGCGUCGCUCUGAAUCACACCAGCUCUGAAAGACCAAGCGCUGAGUUCUACGUCAGUUGCUCACUGACGUCUGAAGACGUCAGACAGUUGUACUGGAAAGGGGGAGCAGAGGCGCACGAGUCCACGGACAUCAUCUUCCUCAGCAGAGCAGAGGUGUUGCAGCUGGACAGGAGCCGUCCUCUGUGGUCAGAGCUGUGUCCUUCAGCUAAAGGAGCAGUGCUGCUUUAUCAGACUGUGAAGCCCGACGGAGACUGAGACACAACCUGACACAAACAUUUUUUUCGACAAUUGUGCUAUUAAAACAGUGUAAAGGUAAUGUUUUUAAUUAUUUG